CGCGUGAGGAGCAAAUAGAGGACGACCAACUCCGGGCGACACUAGCAGGCAGCGCCUCCGAAACAUUCAGUCGAACAAAUAACGCGAAUUAUAGUUUAUCAUCGAAGAGUUUAAAAUCCAAGCGAACAUUGUGAACAUGAAGCUCCUGUGGGUAUUAGGUGCCCUGCUGUGCGUGUACCGUGCCAGUGGAUCAACAGAGCCCCCGAUAGUGACGGACCCUGCGGAGGUGAGUAACCAGACCUCUGCUGUGCUGAGCUGCAACCUGACGGCUCCCACCUCCCCCAUCAAGGGCAGCUUCUGGAAGAAGAAUGACCAGGAGCUGGAGGGGACCAGGCAGAGUAACGACCUGGCCUACAUUGAACUGACCCUGACCAAGAUCAGCGCCCAGAAGGGGGGGCAGUAUGAGUGUGUGUUUGUCACUGAGCCCCAGGUCUCCAAGGUCAUAGAGGUCAAGACUCCUCUCCACGUGUCGGCCUACAAGCACUCUGAGCAGGGGAACGAGCGUGACCGUGGGGUGAUGGUGUGUCAUGGUUACGGGUACCCGCUGCCCACCGACUGGGCCUGGAGGAAGAUACAGCCUGACGGCUCUCCCUUAGCCAUCGCCAACGCCACCCUGGACAAGUAUGAGAUCAAGACGACCCCCAACAAAACCACCCUGUCCAUCCUGGACCUGGACAUGGAGCAGGACAUGGGCGACUACGAGUGCCAGGCCACCAGUGAGCUGGGGAUGGCCUCUGACAAGAUUCACCUGCGCGUGCGCUCCCGCCUGGCUGCCCUGUGGCCCUUCCUGGGCAUCGUGGCCGAGGUCAUCAUCCUGGUCACCAUCAUCUUCAUCUAUGAGAAGAGAAGAACACCUGAUGAGAUCAGUGACGAUGAUGACUCAGGAUCUGCUCCUCUGAAGAGCAACUCCACCAACCACAAGGAGAAGAACGUCCGGCAGAGGAACUCUAACUAGGAGGGGAGAGAGGUUCCUGGUGACUCCUGUCCAGGGUAUGGGAGCAUCAAAAUGCUGUGUGGCACAUAAUCUAGUGCACCCCGCAAUCUUUAAAUAUCUUUCUUUUUUGCUUGAGUGUCAUUGUGUUGACUGGUCUCCCUCCCUCCAGGCUGGGUGUGUAGCCAGCACUGCAUGACUUAUUCUUGACGUUCUAGAAGUGUUUGUCUGUAGUAAUACGUUGUAGCGUUGCCAUAGGAAUGUUGUCUUGGUGGUUCUGUUGACACCAGGCCUGUGAAGCCAGUCUGCACCCUUCACCUCUAGACCCAGAGCACUGUCUGAUCCUAAACCCAUCAGAACUGUGUAUUAAGGCCUUAACACCCCCCUCCCACCACCACCACCUGCCCAUCUUCCUCAUCCUCCACCCCUGAGCGUAUUCAGAGUUUUAAAAACACAUCAAUGUGCUCCACCUUCUGAUUCUACUGUGUGAGAAUACCCUGUUUAAAUAAAGAAUUAUUGACCUGUUUUAUAUUUCUGAUGUUUGUAGUUUCAGUUGUCUUGCUUUGUUUGCCAUACAAACAUCUACAGUAGUACCUGUAUAAGUCUAUAGGAGUACAUUAUUGGGUCAGGUUAUGGUCAGCUAAUGGCUAUAUGGAAAAUUGAUGUUUUCUUGAAAGCUAGUGAAUCAGUUCUGCCUCUCAAAUGUUUCUGGUCUUCUACAAGAUGCGUGUCAGCUCAGAAGCUGCUGGGUUAGUGACACCCUAACCCAUCUGCUGCACCAACAUGAUUAUUGUGACUGGGUGCGUCUUGUCGCACAUCUGGAAAACCUUUUUAAUAGAAAUAUGUAAAUUAUUUUGCCUAGCAAGUAACCAAGCAAGUAGAUUGAACACUGUUAACUGUACCAACUUGCACCACCUUAAUAAAAGUUGAUUUGAUUUUAAAAGA